UUAAAAGCUAAGCACCCCCAAUAAUAAUAUAAGAUCAGCAAAUUAAGAAUUAAGGUAGCUUGAAAUCAAAUUAUGGCUACUACUACUACUAGUGUUCAUGACAAGAAUGAGUUGGUGGAAGAGAAAGCUAAGCACCAAGCAAAAGAAGAAGGAGAAGUAGUAGUAGUCCCAAAAAGUAGUCCAUUCCUUUCGAGGUUGAUGAGUAGCACUAGUACUCCACUAGUGGCCAGCCCUGUGAUAAAGCAAGCCAUUGCAAGCAUGCAAGGUUACAUGGAAGAUGUUGGGAACUUCACUAAGCUAGAGCCUCACGAGGCUUGGCUGCCUAUUACUGAGUCCAGGAAUGGUAAUGCUUAUUACGCUGCAUUUCACACUCUUUGCUCUGGAAUCGGUGUUCAGGCACUACUCCUCCCCCUUGCUCUCACUCUCCUUGGUUGGACAUGGGGAAUUAUAUGUCUCUUGGCGGCUUUUGUGUGGCAAUUGUACACGUUGUGGUUACUUAUACAGCUUCAUGAGUCGGAUUCUGGGAUGCGCUACAGCAGAUAUCUCCGCCUUUCCAUGGCUGCUUUUGGUGAGAAGAUAGGGAAAUUAGUAACCCUUUUUCCAAUAAUGUAUUUAUCUGGUGGCACAUGCGUAACGCUGAUUAUGAUCGGAGGUGGUACCAUGAAGAUAUUUUUUGAGCUGGUGUGCCAUGAAACAUGCAAUGUGAAAAACUUAACGACCAUAGAAUGGUACUUGGUUUUUACUUGUAUAGCUACUCUUAUUGCUCAGCUUCCAAACCUCAAUUCAAUAGCUGGGGUUUCAUUGAUUGGAGCUAUUACAGCCAUAAGCUACUCAACAAUGAUUUGGGUAUUCACAUUAAGCAAAGGCAGAACCAAUGGUGUGUCCUAUGAACCACUUGAGAAUGCCAAAUCAAAUGUGGCUAGGCUUUUCGAAAUUCUCAAUGCAUUUGGUAUUAUUGCCUUUGCUUUUAGAGGCCACAACCUUGUUCUUGAAAUUCAGGGGACAAUGCCUUCGAGCAAUAAGAGACCAUCUCGUCUGCCAAUGUGGAAAGGAGUUAAGUUUGCAUAUUUAAUCAUUGCAAUGUGCUUGUUUCCCCUUGCAAUUGUUGAAUAUUGGGCUUAUGGAAAUUUGAUACAUUCCUCCAAUGAAGGGGUGUUAACAGCUUUGUAUGAAUUCCACAAAAGAGAUGGAUCAAAAUUAGUUAUGGGGAUGACAAGUGUAUUGGUUGUAAUUAACAGCCUAAGUUCCUUUCAAAUCUAUGCAAUGCCGGUGUUUGACAAUUUGGAGUUCAGAUUCACUAGCGCAAUGAACAGACCGUGCCCUCGUUGGCUACGUUCAGCGUUUAGGGUUUUCUUUGGGUGCCUAGCUUCUUUCAUAGCCAUCGCGAUUCCAUUUUUGGCAAGUUUGGCAGGGUUGAUUGGAGGUAUAGCGCUGCCCAUCACUUUGGCUUAUCCAAGUUUCAUGUGGAUUCUCCUUCGACGACCCCAAAAAUACAGUGCAAUAUGGUUGCUCAAUUGGUUUUUGGGUGUUCUGGGAAUGGUGCUCAGCGUUUUGGUUGUUACCGGAGCAGUAUGGAGUCUUGUCACCAAGGGAAUGGAAGUUAACUUUUUUAAGCCUGAGUAAUAUAUGAGAAAGAAAAUAAUGGGCAAAAUAGAAGAGCAAAUGAACAAUAAUAAAUAAAACAUGACUUGUGCUUGGCUUUCAAA